AUGCUCUUGCUAAUUUUGCAGUGGAGGGGACACCUCCUUCCAAGCAGUCUCUUCAUCCCUCUAUCCUCUCCUCUCAACCCCACGUCUCUCAUCAUCCCCCCUUCUCUCACCCACACAUCUCUCAUCCCUCCUCUCAUCCCUCCUUCUCUCAUCCCUCCUCUCAUCCCUCCUUCUCUCAUCCCCCCUUCUCUCAUCCCCCCUUCUCUCGACCCCUCCAGUACUGGGAGGGAGCAGCUACGCAAGGUGGUGCAUCCGCUGGUUGCUCCUAUGCGUCAUAUUUCCUCUGUUGACGUCCCUCUAUCCCUCUCUUAUCCCCUCUUACCCUACCCUCCCCCUCCUCCAGUACUGGGAGUUGCUGUGCAAUGUGGUGCAGGGGGUGUAUCUUAG